AUGUCUACAGCUACAAAUCUUUCUAUAACAUUUGCAGGUACUGGCAAUGAAAAACAAUUUAUUAAAAAUUUACAAGACAAAGAUCCAUCAACUAUUAGAUUUAUAGAUCAUAAUAACAAGGAUUAUUUUUCAUGUUUACAACAAGACGCUGAAUUAAUAGCAAAAGAUAUUUACAAGACAAAAUCAAUUAUUAAAGUAUCAGAUAAUGUUAAAUAUGUUACUAUAUCACCACAAGUAUUCCAAACUACAUUAAAAUAUUAUAUUUUAGAAAAACAAUGUAGAGUUGAAAUUUAUAGCAACAAAAAUUAUCAAAUAAUAUCAAGUGGUACAGCCGGUAAUUUAGAACAUAUCAGUCAAGAAUACGGUAUUAAUUUUGAAUUUCAAGAUUGUUCCAAUUCCACAAUUGCAAGUAUCAAAGUCCAAAACAAUAAUAUUGGAGUUUGUAUAAUUGAAGAAAACAAGAUAUAUCUUAGUGAAUUUGAUGAUAAUGAGUUAUAUUCAAAUUUAGAGAGUUUAUUGUUACAAUUUGGAGUUAAGGAGGUAGUUAUACCUUCAAAUUCCGACAAGAAAUUAGAACAGUUAAUUGAUAAGAUUGGUAAUAUUGUUAUAACUACUUCAAAAUCUUUUGGUAUCAAUAAUGUUGAACAAGAUUUACUGAAAUUAUUAGAAGAAGAAAAUAUUGAUUUAUAUUUAUCAUCAAAAGGGAUAAAAUCUUCUGAAUAUAGUAGAUCUUUAGGUAGUUUAAAUGCCUUGGUAUCAUAUUUGGAUUUAUUAAAAGAUGAAAGAUCCUUCAUCUUAGAGAAAUACGAUUUAUAUGCUUAUAUGAGAGUUGAUUCAUCCACAAUGAAAGCAUUAAAUAUAUUCCCAGAAUUUCAAUCCACCACUUCUAUAAAUUCAAUCUUUGAAUUAUUAAAUAAAUGUAAGACUUCAGGUGGCUCAAGAUUAUUAUCACAAUGGUUGAAACAACCUUUAACAAGUGUUGAAGAUAUAAAAGAACGUCAAGAAUUAAUUGGAUUGGUCAUGGAUAAUGCAAGUUUAAGAGUUGAAAUCCAAUCUAUAUUAUCAUUAAUACCAGAUAUUAGAAGAAUUAUUAAGAAAAUACAAUUAGCUUGUGCAAAACCUGGUAAUGAACAUAAAAAAUUAGAAGAUUUAGUAACAUUAUACAAAAUUGUUUUGGCAUUACCAGAUUUAAUUAAAAUAUUAGCAAAUCAAAAUGAAUUAGUCAACAAAUGGUGGUUUAAUCCGUUAACUCAAAGACAUAAAGAUUUAUUUAAAUAUCAAGAAUUAAUUGAAACAACUAUAGAUUUAAAAGGAUUACAUGAUCUUCAUUCCAAUUUUGAUAUCAGACCAGAAUUUAAUGAAGCUUUAAUUGCAAUCAACAAAACAAAAGUAUCAUCUUUAGAACAAAUAAAAGAUUUACAUUUAGAAAUAGCUUCUGAAUUAAAUAUGGAUCUGGAAAAGAAACUAAAAUUAGAAAAUCAUCAAAUUCACGGAUUUUGUUUGAGAUUAACAAGAGCUGAUUCAAUAGUUAUAAGAAAUAACAAAAAAUUCAAUGAAAUUCAAACUGUUAAAGCUGGUGUUUAUUUCACCACAACCGAAUUAAAACAAUUGUCACAAAUAUAUAAUGAAUCAUGUGAUGAAUACAAUGUAAGACAAAGAGAAUUAAUUAGGGAAGUGUUGAAAAUAUCAUUAACUUAUUCAAAAGUAUUUUUAUUAUUAAAUUUAGAUUUAUCACAUCUUGAUGUUAUAAUAAGUUUGUCCAAUGUUGCAUUAUUAGCUCCAACUACAUACACUAAACCAACAUUGAUUCCUUUGGACUCAAGUGAAAGAAAAAUUAAUUUGGUGGAAUCAAGACAUCCAUUAUUAGAAGCACAAGAUGAAAUUGAAUUUAUACCAAAUGAUGUGAACAUAGAUAAAAAAUAUUUUAAUAUUAUAACUGGACCUAAUAUGGGUGGUAAAUCAACUUAUUUGAAACAAAUAGCCACUAUAGGAUUGUUAGCACAGAUAGGUUCAUAUAUACCAGCAAAUGAAGGAGCUGAACUUCCCAUUUUCGAUGCUAUAUUAUCAAGAGUAGGUGCUGGUGAUUCUCAACUUAAAGGAUUAUCCACAUUUAUGAUUGAAAUGUUAGAAACUUCAUCAAUUUUACAUACAGCUACAACAAAUUCAUUAAUAGUUAUAGAUGAAUUAGGUAGGGGUACUUCCACAUAUGAUGGGUUUGGUUUAGCUCAUUCAAUAUCAGAAUAUUUAAUUCAAAAAAUGAAAUGUUUUACUUUAUUUGCAACCCAUUUUCAUGAUUUAACAAGAUUAGCUGAUAAAUACCCUGACCAGGUAGAAAAUUUACAUGUUGUUGCUUUUGUUGAAAAUCAAGAAGAUAUAACAUUAAUGUAUAAGAUUGAAAAUGGUGCUGGUUCAAAAUCUUUUGGUAUAAAUGUUGCUGAAUUAGUUGGUUUUCCUGAGAAAAUUAUAAAAAUGGCCAAAAGAAAAGCCAGUGAAUUGGAAGUAGAUGAAUUAAAGAGAAAAAUUAAUACAAAUGAAGUUAAUGAAGAAAUUAAUGAAUUGAAGAGAAAUUUGAAAAGGUUUAAAGCUGAGUUACCAAGCUUGAACUCAAAUGAAUUGGCUGCUUCUAAACUAGAAUGCAUAUUAAAUGAUUCAGCAUUAGCUCUAGAAUUAUAA